AUGGCCAUGAUCCGCGGCACCAUGACCUCGCCCGACGGCAACACCGUCUACGCCACCUGCGACCAUCAUAAAGUCAACGUGCCGGUGCGCCAGGAACAUUUGGCUUGGAGGGAGGAGAUGAGGCGCGAGUUUCGGGCGAGGGGUGGGAGGGGAUGGUUGGAUGAGGAGGUUAUGGGGGUACGGAAACAAACACAAACACGAACACAAGGAUCUACAACGCCAACGUUGACGCCGACCCUACGUUCAGAGACAGGGAUAGGUGAGAGCAGGAGCGGGAAGCCUAUAGAACCGGAAAUGGAACAGGGCAACGGGAAUGAGAAUGAGAACGAGAACGGGAGGAAAGCAAAGCUGUGA